CUUUUACGGACAUCUUUUUGAGAUUACGUAUCCUCAAGAGUGCAUCGAGGCAGGCUGCAUGAGAACCAAGUAGUUAACGAGAUUACUCAGACAAAAUAAGGGAUUGAUUCCCCUCUCAUCUUUUCCCCCUGACAAAUAAACAGGGUAUGAGACACCCUACUACUACUCACCCGGUUUCUGUCUAGUUUCGGGAGAAUCGGGGUUUCGGAUAGGGAGAGAAAGGGCAUUCGAUAGAACAACUUUACAGACUUGUCAUUCCACAGCCGGUUCCGGAUCGUAUCUUCUCCUUAAUAUCAGAGUAGGUUUAAUAUAUUGUAAGUGCAGAGAAAUAGAUUUUUACUAUUUAAAUACACAUUUGGAAAACUGCGAAACCUGAGAGGCUGAGUUAAAGAAGAUUCCAAACGUGUGUGGGUGUCGUGACCAGCCAACACCAACCGGUGAAAGUGGGUGCUUAUUACAUAAAAGUGGAGCAUAUAAAAUAGGAACGAACAUAGUAAUCAGUCACGGCGAAGUAGAAUUUCUUUGUGAAAUAAUUCGACGGAAAUUAAGCUAUAUUUCUACCAAAGGCAAAUCACAAAAUGGGUCCACCAUCCUUCAAAACUGAUUUGGAGCCAAUUUUCUCCAACGAAUCCGAGCCAUUAGGAAUUAAACUUUGGAACCUUAACAAAUUCACGAAAAAUGCACAAAACGCCUUAGAAUCCGCAUCAGCUUCUGAGAAGGACGAAUUUAUUGCCUCCAUCCCUCAUGUAACUUAUCUCGAGAGAAAGACACGUCUCGAAUUGGCGAAUAUUCUGAAAAGACCGGGCCCCAUUUUCGAAACGUGGAAAUCCGAGGAUAAAUCUCUGCUUUACAAUUCUCUCCAUAAUAUUCACUGGAUAUUCACUGACAGUGAAUGUUCACCUCUCGUCUCAAACCCUGAUUUCUUGGUGAAGGAUCUCUUCCCAACUUUGUCUCAUUCUUGCAGAAAGAAAGUCGUGAGACAAAUGGGAAAGCUGUGUCUGGAAAAAGAUGUUGAAAACGUUACCACCAUUUACAACAAACUCUUGGAAAUUUAUGGCAUCAAAAUUGCCAAGUAUCUCCUUCCGGCCUGCAAUCAGUCACUCAUUGACUCCUUGAUCGCAGCCAACAAAGUCAAAUUGGAGCAUAACCAACUUCUCGCUGUGUACAAGAAACAUCCGGAAACUGGAAUAAAAUAUUUGCAAGGACUUUACCAAGAUCUCUCUCAAUCCAAUCCAUCAUCUCGAAGAGGUUCCAACGUCAAUGUAAUUUGCUCGAAUCAAUUCUUCAACUUGAAGGAUUCCUGCCCUUUCACCCUGAAAUUGGUGGCGCAGAACAAUCCCUCCGAAUUUAUGAACCUCGUCGAAAAAUAUGAACCAUUUGCAUCUGUUACGUUAGGAUGGCGACUAACUCAGCGUUUGUUAGAACAUGGCAAGGACAGGAUCAUUUCCAGCAACAAGGCUGCGGCCUAUGCCAAAAUACUGUGUCAUUCUGCAGUCAUGAGAAUCUUAUCGGCUGAAGAAUAUUUCGCAUUUUUUGUAAAACUAUUCCCAGAAAAUGUGACCGAUUUUCUAGCAGAUUUUGAAAUAUCGGAUCAUCCUGCUCCCUCCUUGUUUACGUGGCUCAACAAAUACGCUCCAGAACUGAGAUUCGAGAAAUUGGAUGCUGCAUUCAAGUCUUGCUAUAAUAACAAAAGUAUUCUCGACUUUCCUCAAGAAAUGGUCACGUCAAGAAUGCUCCACAUAUUGGGACCAGAAUUACGAGAUAAAUGGGUAGAUAUGAGAUUAUCUCAACCCGACACGGGCACCCCGUAUCUUUUCAAUGACCCACUCUUCAACCAUCCCGUCCACCUGGAGGGGUACUGGGAAGCAUUCAGAACACCGGAUAAGUCCAUUCCACGCAUUAAACAGUAUUUAGCGACAGAAUCCGAUGUUACCCGACGAACGGACCUUCUCACAUCACUGGUCAACACUUGUGCCAUCAACAAGGACAAAACCGCUCUGAAAGAAGUUUGUCAAUUCGUCUCAUCUCGAUUUCGAAAUGACAAUACACAAGUUCGAAUAGAGUUCUUGCGUACCGUAUCAGAUCUCUUUGAUCUCUUAAAAUUGGACGAGGAUCACUGGAAACCGCUCAACGAACUCUUGCACAUUUCCUCCAUCAAUAAUGAAAUUUCUUGGAAUUCACACGUUUUGGAACGCAUAUUGGAAAAAUCGAUCCAUUUCCGAGUGGAGAGAGAUUUGCCGGUCGAUACACAAAUUCAGCACUAUAUUAAAAUGAAGUCACACUCAUUUUGCAUGGGAGAAACUUGGUGCAUUGCUACUUCCAAUCCAGUCCUGGAACGGAAGAGCUUAAAAUUAUUUACAGAACAUCUCAGCUCCAUGUUCUCCCUCGCGACGACUUAUCCGUCUGACAGCGCCAUCACGUCGGUAAUUAUUUCUCUUUUUGAGUCAUACUCAGGGUGGAACAGAAGACGUAAAAGUAGCAAGGAUUUCAAAUCAAAUGGGACAAAAACUAUGGAUUUGCUCACUGCGACUGAAUCGUCCUGGUUAAUGAAGAGACUUCAAGAUGUCCUCGAAUCUUACCACGAGUCGAAUAAACAGCGAGUAAUUUCCGCUCUGAAUAAUGACCUCCCAGCGAAGGCUGCCUUGAUGCCUCGUCUCCUUAAAUGUUACCCAGAUCCAUCUCUCUUUGCUCGAUUGUUGAGGAAGGAACCGAAAAAAUUGGACGAGUUGACGGACGACAUUCUUGAUUUUAUUCUCGCCUCAACCAAAGUUGUACAGUGGGGACCGGUCCUCAAGAAAUUCAGAACUUCCGGUCUACCCCGAUUAGCUGAGAAGUUUGUCAACAAAUGUCUCCAAAUUGCUGAAGAUGAGGAAGAAAGUCUGAAAGAGCGAACCAAUUCAAUUUUUAUCCUCUCAUUUUUAUUAGAUUCGAACAAAUUUGCUGCAUGGAUUUCAAAAUAUUAUCCAGAGGAUGUUCCAAAAUUUGAUAAUUACACUCCCGAAGAAAUUGGGGUGAUUUAUGGAAUCCGUAAAAUGAUUGCACAAUCCUUAAGCAACUUGAGCAUUCCUUCAGCCGGAAUUCCAGCGCUGGUUCACUUCUGCAAAGGAGAUUAUCUCAAGUUAUCUGUGGGAUCGUUGUACUCGAUCGUUGAGAAUUCUCCACUUAAUCAAAAACUUGUAGAAUUUCUUCUCGACCUUGCCAACCGUCCCGUGUCCGUUAAAAAGCACGCUAUUCGACUCAUGAUUUCCAUUUCGACAAAUGAAGAGAAUAUCAAAUUUCUCAAAAAUUUGUGGACUUCUGAAAAACACUACUCAAUCAGGACAAUCCUGUUUAACCGAAUUUUUGAAUUUUUCCUUCAAAACAAUUCCGAAGAAACAUGGGAGCUGGUCAAAUCCAGCGUGACUUCCCUCUCUGCAAAUGACCACCCAUUUUUAAGCGAUUUGGGUCGAACUGGUUACAUCCUGUCUCCAGGAAUGCCAAAUGAAAAACUUUCACAAUAUUUUAAACUUGCUUUGGACAAAAUCAGUUCAAUCGCUACAACUCUGCCGGAAUGCAAGUGGGUGAAAGUCACCAUUCUCCAAUGUAUAAUUCCAACCAAUAUCAAAUUCAUUGAGGAAUCCCUGAUCCAAUCCAUUUUCGAACAACAUCUCUUCAAUCUGAAGGAUGAAGCUGAUAUGCAAUCCGUCUCAGUUUACUUAUCUCUUAAUUACUUGUUCCACUACCCAAACUCUAAGGUGGACAUUGUAACGUCAUACUUGGAAAAACUUAUCGGACCCGCAUGGGAUACAAGCUGCAAGGAUUCAUACACCUCAUUUCCGGCCAAGCAAUCUCUCAGCUUCUUUGUGGAACAGUUAGCAUUGCGAUCAUUCCAAGUGGAGUCGGGAUACGUUGAAAAUCUAUCAGCGGAAAAAUAUGUCGAAAUUUUCUCCCAGAUUCAACAAUAUCUUCGAACUUCAUCUCGAGACGUUUCAGAAUUCUUUGUUGAUGAUUUGUUCCUCAGUUUUAGCAUCAUUUUUCACACGCAUUACAAAUCUGACGAAUUAGACGAGUUGGUCACGGUAGGAAAAGAGAUUGGAAAACUUGCCGAUUUUUGCGUUGGUGUUUACAAGCCUGAAAUUAUUUCCGUUUUUUCCGAAGCUGCCAAGAGAUUCAUAAGCUAUUGUUGCAGCGAAAGAUUACGGGAUAGGAAAUCAAAUUCUGAUUCGGAUGGUGCCCGAAUAAUUUUCAUAGUUGAUGGAAUCCUGGAAUCGACGGGAUCAAUUGAUACGGCGAUAAUAGCGUCGCAACUUCUCCUCUCCAGCUUUGGAGUUAUUCAAAAAGGGCAUAAAUUUGAAGGCCAUUUUGCCAACAUUAUGAAAAAAUUGGCUCAAGUAAAGGAUAAAACCGUCCAAAUUUUUGUCAGGUAUGGGACUGCUCAAUGCAGACCUAAUCGUGGCUUUGACAUUCUUGUGUAAUAAAUAUCACGUACUAUACACAUCAAUUACUGUCUGUACUCUCGUAAAUAUGCUUUUUUGAUGCGUAACAUUUGUGUAAAAAUGUAUGUACAUAUUUACAAUUGACCAAUUAUUUACUAUGUGGUUAUUCCGCUCCAGCAAUACUAUAAUAACAUGAAUUUGUUCCUUUGAUGUGUAAUAAAAUUUGCUAAUGUAUGUAAUCACCACAACUUGUCUAUAAAUUAGGUCGGAACUUGUGCAAUAAUAAAAGCCGGUGUCUUAAUCAUUCCAAUA